AUAUUGAGCACGCAACAUCCGACCCGUCGAUGGCAUCGCUCUUCCACCGCGUCGUGCUCGGCCAGCCCGAGAUUGCAUCGCUGGUCUUUGAGUUUCAGGCUGGCUUGUAUGAAGACGUGCGCCCGGCUUUUCUCGCCUUUCACCGCCUCGUUGAACUCCGCAGCGAGCACUUUGAGCCCGAGUACCGCAGCGACGUCUCGUUUCGCCACGUAUUCGCCCCGGGCGCCAAGUGGGCGUCAUCGUGGAGUCGGUCGUUUCGUGCUGAUGCCUAUAUGCUCGACAAGCUCGCACGCGACGCCCGCUUCCCGCUGCACGUGGCGAUUUACGAAGGAUUGGACCACCUCGCCAAGCGCAUGCUUGCCUGCCGCCCGGAUCUCGCCUCGGAAGACGCGAUUUUACUCGCCUUUAUGGUGAAUCGCCUCGAGAUGGCCGAGUUCCUCCUCGACCUGCGUUCGGUGGUGCCUGAGCUGCAUCGACGUGUAAACACCUUGGUGCCACCACCGCCUCCUCACCUGCGUCAGUAUCAGCCCACGGUCUUGGAGCGGCUCAUGGGCAACGAGAGCCCCGAAGCAAUGCGUCUUCUCUUGCGCUUCAGCCCGCGUCCCGACAUGUGGACGCAUCAGGAGCUUUCGCUGGCGACGCGGCGUGGUCGCCUGGACAACAUUGCGUUUGCGAUCGAUCAUUUUGAGUGGUUUUCGUACCCGGAUCUCGUCGAAGACGUGGCCGUGCUCGGGGCGCUGCAUCUCGUGCGAGCGCUACUGGAGCGCGGCUUGUUUUGCUCGGCCGAGGUUCUGGACACGGCCGCGUGCCACGGUUUUCUCGAGAUGGUCGAGUACCUCCACGUUCACAGUCGUGGCGGCUGCACGACCAAUGCGAUGGACGAUGCUGCCCGCUGCGGGCAUCUCGACGUGGUUCGAUUUCUGCACGAUCACCGCCAUGAAGGCUGCACCGUCGAGGCGAUGAACAAGGCGGCCAUGUACGGCGAGAUUGCGACCGUCGAGUUUUUGCAUCGCCACCGAAACGAAGGCUGUACAGUCGAAGCGAUGGACAAUGCGGCCAUGUUCGGUCACUUGGAGGUCGUCCAGUUCCUCCAUGUCAACCGGACCGAAGGCUGCACGACCGAGGCGCUCAACUGGGCCGUUACCAAUGGUCAUUUGGAUGUCGUCCGCUUCCUUAUCGAGCACCGCACCGAGGGCGCGUCACCCGGCAUUUUGACAGAGCCGCUGGCAGCCGCUCCCUCGACAUGGUCCAUCGACCGCGCUGCCGAGCUUGGCCGUGAAGACAUACUUCGUUUCCUUUUGGCCCACCGACGCGAAGGCGGCACCCGAGACAACGUCGUGCGGCUGGCGCUCCAGAACCGACACGUUUCGAUUGCAAAGCACUUGGUCUUGCUCGGCUACCCAUUCCCGACGCCGAUACCCGACCAGUGGGACUAUGACAAAGCCACGAUCGAGUUUUUCGUGGCCCAUGGCGCACCGUGGAGUACCGAGUGGAUGGACCGGGCGUGUCUCACCGGCGACUUGAUGCUUGUCAAGUUUUUACACGCGCACUCGAAUGCGGGCUGCACCACGGCCGCGCUUGAAAACGCGAUUUGUUCCAGAGCGUGGAACGUGGUCGAUUUUCUCUUGGCCCACCGACGCGAAGGCGUCUCGGCCCGAGGCUUUGUGCAAGUGCUCAAUAGUCGAUACUUGGGGGUUAUGGAAGCGCUCAACAGCCAGCACAUGAAGCACUUGGAGGUGCUGGGUCGUCUGCUUCAGCGCCAGCCCGAGCUCCGCGACGACGCCGUGGUCCUCGACGACCUCAUCCAUUUCGGGCUACCCGACGCACUGCAGUUUGCACUCGCGGCAGGCUUUGCGCAGCCGAGAGCAGCCCUCAUGAAAUGUGCGGGGCGUCCAACGUUUACCUCGAAUUGCAAGCUCGUGCUGCCGUACUGCAUGGACACCAAGGAUCAUGUGGAAAACAUUCUCUUUCUUCUCGACCUCGUCGCGCUCCCCGACCGCUGGCGGCCGACGAUGCUGGAUUUGGUCUCGUCCGAGCUCACGUACCAAAUGCGAAUGGCCAGACACCGUGUUGGACGCAUCGACAAGCUCGUGGCGCACGAGGCAGCGCUCCUGGCGCGCGGCGAUGUCGUGGACGCGGCGUGUGCCUUUACGUUUGGGCAUCUCGAUAGCACGCGCGCGACGGCCGAAUCCGCACGACUGGCCACGUAUGCAAGCUUGGUGCAGGACGCGACGCUCAAGGAGACGCUCUCGAGUCUGCUUUCGCGCAAGCGCAAGCGUACAAUGCCGAUUUGAUACUUUAUUUUAUGUAAUGACACGCGUUGAUGACACA